AUAAUAUGGUAUAACAAACAAAUUAAAGCAGCUAGAACAGAUCAGUUAUAUUCAUACAACAGAAAUUAUGUUAUUGUUGACAUUUGUAUUGCUGCUUAUUUUGACAUUGAUUUACAAAGUAUGGGCGUAUCAUAAUCAUUGGAAAUAUGUAAUGAAAAUCCCGGGAGUUAGGGAGCUACCGAUUAUAGGAAAUAUGCUGGAACUUCCAACGGACCCUGUGAAAUUAUUCAAAUAUGAUAGAUGGAGAGCGAAACAUUUAUAUCCCAUUCAUAGACUGUGGAGCUUUCAUGAUUACUACAUUUCUAUACUGGGUCCCGAAGAUACAGAACUAAUAUUGGCUAAUCCCGUUCACAAUAAUAAAAGCCAGCUUUACAAAUUUUUACAAAGCUGGAUGGGAACUGGAUUGAUUACCAGUAACGGUAGCAAAUGGCAUAAGCGAAGAAAAAUUCUCACACCGGCUUUCCAUUUCAACAUCCUGCAACAAUUCGUAGAUAUUUUUAACAAAGAAACUGAGGAGCUUACCAAACAUUUACUUGAAUUGACCGUUCAAGAUUAUGUAAUAGACAUAAUCAAACCCAUAACUAAUUAUACUCUAAGUUCAAUGGGAGAAACAUCAUUAGGGGUAAAUUUACGUGAUAAAAACUGUGACGUUUACAAAGAUGCUGUACAUCAAAGCGGUGAGGUAUUAGCUAAUCGAAUUGUAAAACCUAUCCUUUUUCCGGACAUCAUUUUUAUGAUGACCUCUUCGUAUUGGAAACUAAGAAAAAUGGUUAAAAUAUUACAUACGUUCUCUACGAAAAUAAUAGAAGAGAGAAAAACGUUAAAAACCGUUGAUACUGGUGGUAACUUUUCGUAUUCGAAGAGAAAACGAUUGGCAUUACUGGAUUUGAUGUUAGAAGCCAAAUCUGCCGGUGAAGAUAUUGACGACGACGGUAUAAGGGAAGAAGUCGAUACAUUUAUGUUUGCGGGUCAUGACACAUCGGCAGUAGCUCUUUGUCACAUGCUAGUUAUAUUAGCAAAUGAACCUAAAUAUCAGGAAGAAGUAUAUGAAGAGAUAAUAUCCAUAGUUGGCGAUAAUCAGUAUCCCAAUUGGCAGCAAUUAGGAGAACUUAAAUUCACAGAAAGAUGCAUAAAGGAAUGUCUUAGAUUGUAUCCUAGCGUACAUUUCAUAUCCAGAGUUGCCGGAGAAACAUUUAAAUCUCACAGUGGAUAUACAAUUCCGAAAGGAUCUGUAUUGAAUUUGUAUAUUUAUGAUUUACACCGUAGUCCAGAAGUUUGGGAGGAUCCGGAGAAAUUUGAUCCUGAUAGAUUUCUUCCUGAAAACAUAUCUAAACGGAACCCAUUCGCUUAUGUUCCUUUCAGUGCCGGAGGCAGAAAUUGCAUAGGACAAAAAUUUGCUAUGUUGGAAUUGAAAGCGGCACUGUGUGGAAUUCUGAGGAAAUUUCGACUAGUGGAAGUAGAUAAACGCGAAAAUUUAGUACAUAAAUGCGAUUUGGUACUAAGACCAGUCGGAGAAGUUCGUGUUAAAUUUGUUCCUAGAUUAAAACAACAAUCUACUAGUACGAAUGAGAUAAAGGAGAUAUUCAAUAAAAAAAAAAUGAAUUUAAUACUACUCGCAAUAUUUUCAAUUUCGUUCUUGAUAUUUUAUUUGUGGAGGAGAAAACGAUAUGAGGAACUUUGGAAAUAUAUUGAGGCUAUACCAGGACCAAAAGAAUAUCCUAUUAUUGGAACGAACUAUAGCAUGCAUCAUACAGCAGAAUCUUUAUUCGUCAGACAACGAACUAGAGCUAAAGAAUUCUUUCCUUUGUAUAAAUUAUGGACGCUCAAUGUGGGAAUUGUUUGUUUAUUCACACCAGAAGAUGUUGAAUCGGUGUUGGCUAAUACUAAACACAAUAAAAAGGGCCAAUUAUAUACUUUCCUUCAAGCUUGGCUUGGAACUGGACUUCUAACUAGUGGAGGUGACAAAUGGUUUAAAAGAAGGAAAAUUCUAACCCCGGCGUUCCAUUUUAAUAUAUUACAAGAAUUUGUGGAAAUGUUAAAUACAGAAACUGACGUUCUUGUAGAAAAUAUUGAAAAAUUGUGUGAUGCCCCACAUAUCGAAAUUACAAAAUUGAUUACAGAUUUCACAUUAAAUUCAAUUGGAGAAACUUCCCUUGGUUUACCUCUCCGACAAGAUCCGAAUUGUAAUCAAUACAAACAAUCUGUAUACGAUUACGGUGAACAAUUGGCGUACAGAAUCGUACGUCCGUGGUUGUGGGUUCCUUUCAUAUUUCAACUAUCAUCUUUAGGUAAAAAAAACAGAGCAACAGUGAAAAUCUUACAUUCUUUUUCAACGAACGUUAUCCGCAAACGAGAGAAAAAUUUCAAUCCCGAAGCAAUCAGUUAUUCUGGUAGAAAAAAAUUGGCUCUUCUUGAUAUUCUUCUGAAAGCGAGACACGAUGGUGCCGAUAUUGACGAAGAAGGUAUAAGAGAAGAACUAGAUACAUUCAUUUUCGAGGGUCACGAUACAACUUCAGUUUCAUUAUGUUAUACCUUGGUCGCAUUAGCUAAUGAGCAAGAUAUACAAGAAGAAAUCUAUCAAGAAAUUUUAUCGGUUGUAGGCGAUUCGAAUGCGCCAUCUUUUCAAGAACUAGGCGAACUAAAAUUUAUGGAAAGAUGCAUAAAAGAAAGUUUGAGAUUAUAUCCAAGUGUGCCAUUAAUAUCUAGAAAUGCAGGUGAAAACAUUCUAACAAAAACUGGUUAUGUCAUUCCAAAAGGAUGCGAUGUAAAUAUUUACAUAUAUGACUUGCACCGUAUUCCUGAAAUAUGGGAAAAUCCUGAAAAAUUCGAUCCUGAUCGGUUUUUACCUGAGAAUGUUUCUAAAAGACAUCCUUUUGCUUAUGUUCCUUUCAGUGCAGGAAGCAGAAAUUGCAUAGGUCAAAGAUUUGCCAUGUUGGAAUUAAAAGCGGCGAUUUGUGGAAUAUUGAGAAAAUUCAAGUUACAGCCAGUAACAAGACCAGAAGAAAUUAUUUAUAAAGCUGACAUGAUUUUAAGGUCGAGCUCAGAACUCAAUGUUAAGUUCGUGCGGAGAAAGUAAAUAAUAUUCUAUGUUUUUCUUUAAAUUAAUAAAUUUGAUAAUAAUUAUAUUUUGAAAUAAAAUUUUUCGCAUUUUAA